UGAAGUCAGCAAUACAAAUCAAUACUUAUAUUCAAACAUAACCUGUGAAUGCCGGUUGUCAAGUGUAUUUUUAACAAUUAUUCUAACUGAAGUGCUGCUAUUUAUUUAUAUGAAAAAAUAUUGUGUUUUCAACAAUUUUAUAUUUAAUUGAAAAUAUGGUUGUGCACUCAAUAAAUCAGUACUUACAAAACGUUGAUAAGUAUUGGCAACAAAACGAUGCAUUAUUUUUAUCGGAACUGUUAUCAUUACAAAAUGAUCAUGUAUUAUCACCACAAUUACAAAUUGAAGAACCAGAUGAAAUUGUUGAACGAUUAGUUAGUCCACCAUUUGAUGAAUUGGUAGCAUCACAUUUAAAGUGCAUUUAUGCUUUAAAUAACAAAGACUAUUUGGACGCAUAUCAACAUCAGAGUACAGUUUGUGUUACUCUAACAAAAAUUUUACAAUCACAGAAAGAAGAAAAUUGGAUGCUCCCUUUAAUGUACACAGUUUGCUUGGAUUUACGAUUAUUAGCAGAAAAAGCUGAAAAAGAACGACAAGAUCGACUUUCAAAACCGGGUGAAAUUCUUGAAAAAGCUGCAGAAUGUUUAAUGGGAUGUUUUCGUGUAUGUGCAGCAGAUAAUCGAUCAUCUGAAGAAGAUACUAAACGAUUAGGAAUGCUAACAAUCGUUAAUCAAUUAUUUAAAGUGUAUUUUAAAAUUAAUAAAUUGCAUUUAUGUAAACCGUUAAUUCGUGCCAUUGAUUCAUCAAUUUUUAAAGACAGUUUUGCAAUCAGUCAACAAAUAACGUAUCGAUAUUUUGUGGGUUGUAAAUCAAUGUUUGAUUCUAAUUAUAAAGCGGCCGAUGAGUUUUUAACAUAUGCUUUUGAAAAUUGUCAUAAAAAUAGUCGUAAAAACAAACGUUUAAUUUUAAUUUAUUUAGUACCCGUUAAAAUGUUAUUGGGUUAUAUGCCCAGUAAAAGUGUACUCGAAAAAUAUGAUGUUCUACAAUUUUGGGAACUGGUCGAAGGUGUAAAACGAGGGGAUUUACGACAGUUGGAUCAAGUACAAGAAAAACAUGAAUCGUUCUUUAUUAAAUGCGGGAUUUAUUUAAUUGUGGAGAAAUUAAAAAUAAUUGCUUAUCGAAAUUUAUUCAAGAAAGUUUACCAAAUAUUAAACACACAUCAAAUACCAGUUGAAGCGUUGCAAUGUGCAUUGGAGUUUGUUGGACAAACGGAUGUGGAUUUAGAUGAAACCGAAUGUAUUGUUUCAAAUUUGAUAUUCGAAGGGAAAAUUAAAGGAUAUAUUUCACAUCAACAUCGUAAAGUUGUUGUUAGUAAACAAAAUCCAUUUCCACCAUUAACUACCUUAACAUAAACUUUUGAAU